CCAAUCCGGCUCGCUGCCUGCUCUUCUGCUUCCGCGCCUCGCAAGCCACACCGUUCUGCAGCCGCCAGCCUAGCUUUUGUCGAUCGCCGGCCUCGCCAGUCCUUGCUGCUGCCAUCAGAUACAUCUGUUAGGUAGUGCCAGGAAACAUGUACAAGAAGAAUAAGCAAGUUGGUAAGCAUGGACCUUUACGUGGUCAUAUGGAUACACAAGAUCAAGAACUGGACAUAAGGAAGAUUAUGAAAGAUGUCGAAAAUUUUGGCUACUCGCAUAUGUCAUGGAAAGAACGUAAAAAGAUUGAAGAUAGGAAGGUUGUUUCUCUUGGCGGAAAGGCCCCUAAGCAGCAGAAAUUGCCUCUAAGCGUGGCACGACCAAGGAUGAAGAAACAGAAGGAGAGAGAGCAGAAAAUGCUCCAAGAGCGUUUGAUUCUUGGACAAUUUGGGGGAAAGCUUGGUGGAAGCAGUAAAAGAUCAGCAGGGAAGCGCAAACCAGAGGAGAGGGGUCUGAAGUCAAGUGAAGGUCGUUUUAAAAAUGGCGUCCUUAAUGUGAAGCAUUUGUUAAAUCCAGCGCAAGCCAAAGGUCAAGCUAGUGAAACCCAUGCGCCCAGUGGAGGGAAAAGGAAAAUGGGAAAUCAGAAGAGAGGUAAGAAGAGCCGUUGAGUAAUGAAAUCAAAUGUGGAGAGAAGUUUUGUAGGAAAUCAAGCGGCAUUCAAUUUGUUAACGCGUCUAUGUCAGUAUAUUGAGUUUGGAUCUUUGACAGCAAUCGCUAAGGAUAUAUUAACAUAAUCCUUAUAGUUCACACAAUUUUUUUAUAUUAGCCUAUAGUCUAAAAAUUUUGUAGUCAACCCAACAGUUUUCACAUAAAUUUAGUUUUAAGUGUAAAAUCUAAAUUUAUUU